GCAUCAAAGAAUUUGAACUUUGUGCUAGUGGGCACAGGCAGUAUUUUAGUGCAAGAUUAAGGAACUCUGUUAACUUUAGCAAACUGUUUAAUUCCUGACAUAAUUCAGCAGGUCCAACUCAUUUAUUUCAUAUGCUUAUAAAAAUCACUCACAGUCAGUGUCCAUAAACAUAGAUCUGUGCCAAACCACUCAGUAUUUGCAUGCUGUGUUUUUUCAGCCUGUAGUGUAACUUCUCAUUUUGGCUUGGUCCUUCCAGAUGAUAUUUAUAUACUGAAUUCUCUAACAAUUCAGGAAGAGACAGAAAUGUGGAAAAUAAGGGAGUGGGAGAAGCAGACAGAAGAGACUUACUGGAAAAGGCAAAGCAGAAUGCUGUCGGACACCUCCAGCAGUCGGAUGCGCAGUGAUGGCUUUGAUGAGGAGGGCCACAGGGCUGACUGGAAAACAAAGAACUCACAAUUUCUUGACCUAGUGGAAGAUGAUCUCCUUAGGGCCCGAUCCUGGAAUAAAAAGCUAUAUGAAUGUGAAGCCAACAUGCCAGACAGGUGGGGUCACAGUGGUUAUAAAGAGUUGUACCCUGAAGAAUUUGAUACGGAUAGUGACCAGCAAGAAGGAGAUGAACAAAAUGCUGUCAAUGGGAAGAAGAAAUCUCAUCUGGGAAAGCAAACUGCCCAUGAGUUGCACAAACGGAAAAAAACAAAGAAGUCACACAAGAAGAAGCAAAAAAAGCGAUCGCACAAAAAGCGAAAGAAAAAGAAAAGGGAGCAGGGGAGAACAUCAUCAGAUUCUUCCCAGGAGAGUGAGUGCUCAGAAGAGGAGACUUCAAGCACCCAGAAAGGGAAACACAAGCGCAAGAAAAAGACCAGGAAAGUGCCUGCCAGGGAACCUACCUCUUCUUCUGGGCAGGAAAGUGACUUUUCUCAUGCAAGCAGCUCAACCACCAGCAGCUCUGAGGACAGUGAAUCUGAGGAGAAAAAAGAGAAACGGCCCCCAAAAAAGAGAAAGAAGCAUCAGAAUUCCGUGUCAGAGAGGCACAGUGAAGUACCAGAGAAGAGGAGCAAGAGGAAGAACUGGAAGGUGGCCGCUGAUGAAAAAUCGGAGGAUAGCUCAGAUGAGGACUGAUGAGUCUAGGCUGCAGCUCAAACAGUAAGGUAGAGGACAGAGACAGGUAUUUAUCUUUCAGCACUGCCCCGUGGUACAACUUGUUUCAACACUGUGGUUUAUAUACAUCCUGCCAGCCCACAGGGGAGAAACUGAGCCUUGGCAGCCUCCAGUAGGUGCCCCCUUGCUUUUCAUUGACUUGACAUUCAGAAAACCGGGGGAGCAGUUGCCUGUCUCACAGGUUGGCUAGUCCUGCCAACUUCAGAUUUUUUUUCUGUGACCAGGUUGACCUCUGAGGCACGAAAACGUUAUAGGCUCUCUGCAGGGGGAAAACAGGCAUGUUUGCACCUUUUUUUUUUUUUUUUUUAAAUUAAGUUUUAACAGAUUGGUUUUUUGGGUUACCAAAUCAAUGACCAAGACUUGCAAUAGGAGAGGGGAGAGACAAAAAGUCUGAUAACAGAGGAAAUGUCACUGGAUUUAACCCUACGGUAGCUUUGCCUUCCCAUCCUCCAACAAAAGCAGACCUGUGUGGCGGCAUGCACACGGUCAGCUGGAUGCAGAAGGGAGCUG